AUGGCCCGGUUGCUUCGGUCCCUCCCGUCGCCAGAUCAGUUCCAUGGUGUUGCCGACACCCUGCCUGAGCUCCGAGACGUUGAUUAUUUACACGAGGUGCUCCAACUGUCUGCUGACGGUUAUGACGCCUACCUUGACGGCCUCUUUGCGAAAGCAGCAAAACUUGGCAUCUCCUUCCCACGGCAGCCCUCGACUGGUUCGACGCCUAAUAUCCAGGACAAUUCGGGUGCCGAGUCCAAUACGACCAUAGAUACCACAACCCAUGCGCGGACAGUCUCAACUGGGUCUGGAGCUUCUGCAAGUACGGCAAUGACAUCGCGCCCAUCGAGCAAUGGCCACAGCCAUGCCGGCAAGCUUCUCUCGAGACGACGGUCGUGGGGGUUAACAUUUGCGCAGUACGAAAGCUACUUGUCUCAUAUCAAGCCAACCCUUGGUCAGUCCAGGUUUUCAGCAUCCACACCAGUCGAACCGUCAGGUAGCAUGUUUGGUAUGGGCACGAAGCAAAGACGUAACGUAAUCAGGGAGGGGAUUUCAAGAUUACGAAGUAGGAGGAAGCCGGUAAUUUCAUCUGAGCCCUUGAACAUUUCCUGUAGCGCGUGCCGAGAAGACGUACGACCUGAUCAACAGUUGCAAAAACUACCUUGCGGCCACAGCUACUGCUCGACCUGCUUACGGGUUAUGAUCAACCAAGCCACGAUAGAAGAAGCCAAUAUGCCACCUCGCUGUUGCACACAACCAAUACCGGGCUCUGUCGUCAAGUCAAUACUCCCUCGGGAAGAGCAGACCAAAUUCCUGAAGGCAGUCCUCCAGUUCAGUACUCCCUGGGAAACUCGAGUCUUUUGCUCGAACCCUUCAUGUGGUGAAUUCAUCCCACCGCGUAACAAAGUUGACCCAAAGCACCCAUUCAAAGUGAUUUGUCGGAAAUGUAAAACACGCGUAUGUGUCAUGUGUAGGAGAGACGCUCAUCCUGUUGGCCAAGACUGUCCGAACGAUUGGGAGUUGGAUGCCGUACUAAAGAUUGGCGAGAGGUCGGGCUGGCGAAGGUGCUAUAAGUGCCGCACUUUAGUUGAGCUUACCUAUGGUUGUACUCAUAUGACAUGCAGGUGUAGGGCUCAAUUUUGCUAUAUUUGCGGCGCUGUCUGGGAUCCCACUGUUGGAUGCCCUAAUUUCUGCAAUGGUGAUGAGGAGAUGGAGCGGAGAAGACAAGAAGAAGAGGCGCGUGCCGCAGCGCUGGCAGCUGAAGAAGCUAUCAAACAGGAGGCGGCGGCGAAGGAAGCCGCAGAGGAGCUUGCAGCUGAGGAGCGAACAAAAAACUCUGAUGAAUUCAAGGUCUUACGCGCGAACCAGACCAAGGAAAUGGAACGAUUCGGAGCGUUUGAGCAGAAAUCAAAAUGGCUGAUUUGGACGCGGCAUGCACAACAGAAGGUUGCUCUGGUCGAAAAGCACUCUGCGGCUAUAGAGAAGAUGCUCGAGCGACACGCCAAAACAUCUGUGAACCUCGAAGAUCGACAGGUUUUGGCCGAGAUGGAGUUAAGGUCAACGCUGGAGCAAAGUGAGAAACACGUGCGGGUACGACUCAAGCACAUGGAGGCCUAUUGUGAUAGUUUGGGUCACACUCAAGCUUCAGAGAUGCCAUCGCGAAUCAUCACUGAAAGGGAUCUGCGUGAACUUGGGCAACAGUAUAAUAUCGAAAAGAACAUGAAGCAACUCCAUCAGGCAAGAAUCAAUGUCAUGCGAGAUCGACAGGCUAAGGCAUUGGAACAGUUGCUCGAGAGACAGGAAUGCGAGAUGAAACGACUGAUGGAGAAGAAUACUAAAGAGGUAGAGAACCUCGAAUCGGAUUUCGCGGACGAAGAGGACACCUUGGCCACGAUAUUCAGCGCGCGCCAGUCAACACUCGAAACGCGCUGGAAGUUGGAGGUAGAGAUUAUGCGUAGAGAACUGGAAAGCGAACAUGGCGCGAGGUAUAAUUCGUUAUCACCCUUAGAGUGGCCACGGGAGAAAGGAGCGUUCGAAGACGGCAUCUUAACCAUGGACGAGCCAUUAGCGGGCACCUGA